UAUAAAUGUCGGUCACAAGACAUCAACCCAUCCUCGAGAAAAAAUGUGCUGACCUUGUUCUUUGGUUGCGGCAGUUUGUAUUCUAUGCAAAAACAUUCAGUCAAUUUGUUAAGUGUCGUGGCAGUUGCAUUAUUUCAUGAAAAAGAGUAGUGUUUUGGUGACAAAUUUAGCCUUUUAUUAGUGCAGAACAAACAACGAGCAAAAUGCAAGGUCACCGUGCAAUGGGAGUAUCGUUGGCCGUCUUGGCGGCGCUGUGCACGGUUACCCUCGGAGGGCACCUGCCUGGUGGUAGGCCAGUGGGUCUCGGACGUGGUCUUCGAAAGCAAGGUAGAUUUGCUGGCAAUAUACAUCGUGUAUAUGACACAUACUUCAUUGAUCAGAAGAUUGACCACUUCAGCUUCAUCAGUGAUGACACUUUUAAGAUGAGGUACCUCGUCUCUCAGCAGUUCUGGGAUAAAAACGGAGGUCCUAUAUUCUUCUACACUGGCAACGAGGGAGAUAUAACAUGGUUCUGUGAGAAUACAGGUUUCAUGUGGGAUGUUGCACCUGAGUUUAAUGCAAUGAUCGUGUUUGCCGAGCAUCGCUACUAUGGGGUCUCUCUUCCAUAUGGUCAGGAAUCUUAUAAGGAUAAGGAGCACCUUGGUUAUCUGACAGCUGAACAAGCUAUGGCUGAUUUUGCCGUCUUAAUCCAACAUAUGAAGGCAACCAUAGUGGGAGCCAGUAACAGCCCUGUGGUAGCCUUCGGAGGCUCGUAUGGUGGCAUGCUGGCUGCGUGGAUGAGAAUGAAAUACCCGGAUGUUAUUGUUGGAUCCAUCGCGGCAUCGGCCCCCAUCUGGCAGCUCAACAAUCUGACCAACUGCAACUCGGCCUAUGCCAUUAUCACUAAAGACUUUACUGAAGUCAACCCUAUCUGCAGCGAGACAAUUAGGGCUAGCUGGGCAACCAUCGACAGCUUCGCAAAAACGGUUGGCGGUAGGAAACAGUUACAGAUGUCACUUCGGUUGUGCGAUAGUCUGGAUACAAUGGACAAAGUAACCGAUGUUAAGGCGUGGCUGUCAGAAACAUGGUUUAAUCUUGCUAUGGUCGAUUACCCCUACCCUGCUUCCUUUCUGGAACCGCUACCUGCCUUCCCUAUAGAGGCUGUGUGCUCCAACUUUAAGACUGCCAAUCCUACAGGCACAGUGUUACUUGGAGAGUUAGGUGCAGCUGUAAAUGUCUAUUACAACUAUACUGGCACUGCUAAGUGUUUCAAUACUUCUACGACUGCCUCUGGUUCACUCGGAGACAUGGGGUGGGCAUUUCAGGCAUGUACAGAGAUGGUGAUGCCAUUUUGCACAGAUGGUAUACAUGAUAUGUUUGAGCCUGCACCAUGGAACUAUGAGUUGUACGCCAAGAAUUGCCAGGAAUUCUGGUAUCAGACGCCGAGACCUGAGUGGUCAAUUAUACAGUUCUGGGGAAAGAGUAUACGCACAGCAAGUAAUAUUGUCUUCAGUAAUGGGCUCCUUGACCCUUGGUCUAGCGGUGGUGUACUCAAGUCCAUUUCAGAUACCUUAGUGGCUGUUAUAAUUCCAGAGGGAGCUCACCAUCUUGACUUGCGUUCUAAGAACAAGGAUGACCCGCCUUCUGUUACUGCGGCUCGCAACACGGAAAAACAGUACAUUAAGAAAUGGAUCACCGCAGCAAAAGCCAAGAGACAGCAGUAACAGUUGGUAGUUUUAGGAAAAUAUAUUUUAUUAUACUUUAAAGAAUAUAUAUUUGAUAUAUUAAUUUUGGUUUUUAUCACAUACACCGAUAUAAGUCAGCACUGUAAAAUCAGUACUUUUCCUAGCUCUGUGCAAAAAAUCACAGGCAUAUUACUUGGGUGGGAUUUGAACCCAUGACCUUUGCAAUUCUAGAGCAGUGUCUUGCCAAGUUGACCACCAUGAUUCCCCGUUAGCUAGAGGCAGUUUGACUUCUAUAUUUUAGCGGUGGGUACUUACUAUCUAUUAAAUAUAUUUUAUGUUAGGUAAAUAACUGGUUAGGAAUUUUUAGUAUGAUUGUAGUUUUGUUGACCUGACUUGGGUGGUCAGGUUGGUGUAGUAGUAUCUUACCUUGCCUCCCACCUCUGGAACCCCGGUGUGGCGGUUUCAGUUAUCCGCCGUGUUCAGUUUUCCGGGUGUCGUAGUCGGACAUAUCAACAUGUUGU